UCCUCCUCCUCCUCUUCAUCCCCCAUCCUAGUUUGUAGCUCUUCUGUCUCGAACCUCCGUCUCCCGUUCCUUCGGUAAACCCGAAGAACAAGUCGUAGAAGUUCCAGUCAUGGAAGAGGACAACACGAUAAUGCCUGUUUGACCCGGGGAGCACUUCCAAGAUGCCUGGCCUUUUGUCCGGUCCUGUGUGUCUGACAGUCAUCUGGAUGUUAUCUUGGUCAUUGCGCCCGAGUUGUGCUCAGAUUUGGACUGAUGAAGUGUUGUCAGAUGUGCAGUAUGGACGUUUGGACUCGAACGUGACGCUGGCAUGUGGGAAAUCAGAAAUCAGGAUCCCUGUGAUGUGGCUUCACAACCACAGCUCGGUGUUACCGUGGCACCAGGUGAUGUCAGACGGAAGCUUAGUUCUGCUGCAUGCGGACCAGUCGGCGCAGGGCAACUACAGCUGCUAUGACGACAGCGGGCUCCUCCUCCAUUCUGUCAGGCUCCGGCUAGGCCGUCCCCCUGGGAUACUGAGCAUUUCCUGUCAAGUGCCCAACCACACACAUGUCCGCUGCUCUUGGAGCGAGUCUGUGAAGACCUUCCUGCCAGCCACGUUCAACGCCUCCUUCAGGGGGAAGACUCAGGAGUCGAAGCCAUGCAUUAUAGAUGUGACCCACAGGCACUGUGAUGUGCACCAUCCUGCUUUCUGGCAGACCAUUCACAUCCUUAAAGUCACAGAGACGAAUGCACUUGGCUCCCAGACGACAUCUGUCCAGUUCAGGCUUGAUAAGCUCUUGAAACCGGAUCCCCCAGCGUCGGUUUCUGCUAAUAAGGUAGAAGGUUUUCCUAUGAGGCUGAGAGUCUCGUGGAAGUAUCCCACCUCCUGGCCACAGGAAAACGCUUUCCCCCUCCGCUUUCACAUCAGAUACAGACCAUAUGGCUCUAGUAUCUGGUCAGAGCUUUUCACGGUGGAGGUUGAGGUUGUGAUCUCUGACGCCCUGGCGGGCCACAUCCACCAGGUUCAGGUUCGAGCCCAGGAUGACGUGAACUCGGACAGUCAGUGGAGUGACUGGACCGCCAUGAGGCUGGUCAGACCUUGGGAAGCUGGCACUACCACAGAGUUUCCAGAGGACACCACAUCUCCAGAUGUCUUUAACCCUUUCAGCACUAAACCUGAAACAUCCACCGUUAAGUCACAAAAUUCUGUAGCACAGGAUGACGAUAAUUUCUGUCUUCUGGUUCUCCUCAUUUUGUUCUCCAUCUUCAUCCUCAUGACCCUCCUUUCCCUCAUCUUUGUUGUAUGGAUGAAACACAGGCGGCGUGAACAUGCCACCAAACAGGAACUCGCCUCCAUGGUCAAGAUGAAGUCCGUGCCAAUCUAAGGAGAAGCUCACUUUCAAGGUUGAUUUGAAGUCCCACCUAUCAGCUGCAGCAGUGAGUAAACACCAACAAACAGACAUGGUGGCCGUCCGUGUCCACAGCUGCAGCAUCAGUCGUCCCUCCACAGAACUCCUGGACUUCAGGACUAAAAGCCAUCCCUGGGCCUGCGCUGUGGUGUCCUCUUACUAAACUCCUAGAAGCAGGAAACCAGACUGUCCUCCAUUACCUACAGCUGUGUUUAGUCUCUGUAGGACCGAAGGAGAAGCCUGACAUCUGGGUUCACUCACUAAUGGUGCUGCUUCAGGUGGAUUGACUCUUUGUGCGUUUUCAGCAGCAAAUCAGGACAAGGAAUGCAGCUUCGAACAGGAGAGCGCAGGGUUCACUCCCGGCUGCCCGUAUUCAUCCAAAGCGUCUCACUUUCUUUGUAAGGAAAUGUGUACAUUCUUACAUUGACUGACUCAAUGCUGUGAAGGAAGCAUAACCUCUUGUGUGUGUGUGUGUUGGUGAGUGUGUGUGUGUUAGAUGCCAAAGCUGAAACGAUGGGCAUUAUGGCCCCCACUGAGGACUGGGAGGGGGAAGCUAGAGGGUGAUCUGGAGGACGGCAUGCUGGGUAGUAAAGGCUUUAUCUCAUUUAGGAUAACUGAUUUUCCGCUGCAUGAGGUCAUUUGUUGCAUGAAUGGUUUCCUGUCACAGUAAAUACAGGGAGUCUUUUUUCUGUUUACUAUAGCUCCUUCUGUCCAUCAGUUGGUGUUUUAAUUAGAGAAGAGAAAGGCAGGGAAACUGGCCUUUUCAAAAAUCACCAGCAUUAACACCUCACAUACUUCUUGUAGCGCCUUGUGGUUUUUAUCUUUAGAGGCGCUAUAUAAAAGUAGUUUUCUUCUUCAUCUUUUGUUGUUUAAAAGUAUCAUUAUAAAUAUUCAGACGUGUUCUUAGAUACAUUUAGAAUAAAACCUGGUGUCUUUGAGAGCUUAACCCUGUGCAACUGAAAAAAAAAAUCACUGCCAAUUUUUUUUAUUUUUUACUUUUUAUCUUCAAACUAAAAUAAAUCAACAAUUUAAUGUUUGAAAAGGUAAAUCUUUGUAGCUGUUGUACCUGAAUCUUAAGGAAUAUUAAUGUCAAAAUAUAUUUUUUUAAUAAAAAGAAAAGACAACAGUUGGUUAUAUAGUCCAGUUACUAAAUAGGUAAAGUGCUGAUUUUACCAUUUUCGAAUACAACAAGUUACACAAUAACAGCUGUUACCUGCAGGUGAGGGAAAAUGAGAUUUUAAAGCCUUAACCUGCUUGACUCGGAUAGGAAAAUGUAUUUUCUUUUAAUCUAUGGGGAAUGUUGGUCCCACAGCUCUUGUUCGGCCUCGUUGUGAGAUGCUAGUGUUGGUUUCCUUCAACACAAACAAAAAUGGAAUCAGGAAGUGAAUCUUAAAGAAAGGUAAUAUUAGUAGGAGCUGCAGUUGUGGUUGUCCGUUGACACUUACUGCACAUCUGUGGUCUUUAAUGCCACACUGUUUGAAGCGGUUUUGGUUUGAUGACGAUAUUUUACAUUUUUUGGGAGGGAAGUGGUCAAAUUUCAAAGCUUAAGUGAAAUAUUUGACACAAUAAAUUGGUGUUGCUUUUACGUGUCUAAAAACCCACAGACUCAUAAUAAAUGUUUAGCGGCCAGCACUUUCCUUCUUAAAUACCUCUUGUGCAUUAUAUUUCUUUCUACCGUUUUCUUGUUCUAUUCAAAUCCAAACCAACGUUGAGUCGUCGACUGAUCGCGUGGUUCCAGAAACACAAGGUGCAUCCAAGUCGAGCCUUCUGGUUUGACCACUGUAUGUGUUCCAAAGCUAGCUCCACAUACUCUGCAUGGAUCUACUCAAAGCUUACGUGUAUAUUAUUACUGUUUGUCACACUUUUAAAAUGACAUAUAUGUAUGUUAUAUAAUGAAUGUUGCAUUUGUAAACGUGUUCAUUGGGAUGGAUUCAGACAUGGUUUACGCAGUCCUGAAUUAGUGGCAAAUAUGUCCAAUGAUUAGUAAAAGUUAGGUCUAGAUUAGAAAAAGACAAAAUCUUAAGAAAUUAGCAUAAAUGACUGAAUGAUUCAUGUCUAGAGCCUUCCUACGUUGUGUAUUUGUGUCUCCCCCCAGUUAGAUGAAACUGUGUUGCUGUAUAAAUAAUGGGCUCACUUUUUAUCCAACAUACUUCACUCUAGUGCUCAUUUUGUCUUCACAGCCACAUUCUGCCUUUAUCUCUCCCAAUGUGUUCUCUGUUUUGGUUUCAAGAUUCAUUUUCUAAAAUGUUUCCAGUCUCUGUAAGUUGUACAGUAAGGAUUAGGUUUUUAUUCUGAAAAUGCUGUUUUGAACAGCAGAACUUUAACCCUUUGAUGCAUAAUGGUCACUACAGUGGACAGGUACUCAAAAUUGUUAUUAUUUAUUUAUUUUUGCUAUUAGGCACAGCUGUUGAAGACUUAAUUGCAUUUGAGCCCCUCCAUUUGGACUUUCGGUAAGUCAAGCCAACAUAUUUCAUGUUCGGAAUGCACACUGUCCACUGAGGUGGACAUGUAAUAAAUUAUUUGUAAAUGAUUAAAUGUUACAAAAAUUUUUUUGUUGAAAUUUGUUUCAUUCACACCUAAAGACGAAUGAAAAAAAUUACUAAAAAAAUCAUGGUUGAAGAUUUCAUAAUUCAUGCAUCAAAGGGUUGAAAGUUGUAAAUGAAAAACAAUAACGUGUCAGUUUUACAGCUGAUUUUGACAGCAAAACGACAGUAAAGUCUAUUUUAGACACUGACUUAGAGCUGUCAGAUCAGUUUGUGGUUCACUUACCUUCUUUCUUUUUCUAUCAUGUGCACCCGUUGGCACAUUUCUGUUUCACUCCACAGGCAUUUUCUUUGUUUCUGUGGACAGACUUCACUCACUCUCAGUGUAUGAGAACACAUGGAGCCUGUGGGUUUUACCAGACAAAAUACACUCAGAUGUACAUAAUUAUUUUUAUUGCUUUAUGUGUACAAUACAAUAUAAGCUGUUUCCUUACUUGUGUCCCAUUAUGUUUCUGUGAAAUAAAUAGUAUUUUAUCACA